AGAAGGCUAAAUUACCGUUACUGUAAAGAAAAUUGAGUACGAUUAAGGGAUGGAUUCCACAGCACUGGAGCACGAUGCAGUGAAAUUUGCCAAAACUGCUGUCACCUACGACCAGAAUGGAAAAUACAACGAAGCUGUCUUUUACUAUAAGGAAGCGGCCCAAGCGCUGAUCUACGCUGGGAUGGCCGGGUCCAAGCUGGAGAGCAUCCAGGAGAAGGUGAAUGAGUAUCUGAACCGAGUUCAGGCUCUACACAAUGCUGUUCAGGCUCAGAGCAGCGACCCGCUGAAGUCCAAGCAGCAGGUCGACCUGGAGCGAGCCCACUUCCUGGUCACCCAGGCCUUCGAGGAGGACGAGAAGGGCAACGGGGACGAGGCCAUUGAGCUGUACACUCAGGCUGUGGAGCUGUGCAUCCAGACGUCUAAUGACACGUCAGAUCAGGGGCUGCAGAACAAACUGAAACAGCUGGCUCGUCAAGCCCUGGAUCGGGCGGAGGGGCUGAAGGAGUCCCAGUCCAGAGCUGGCCAGGACAAACCAGGACCCUCGGGGGCCAAACCUGGUGGCGGAGGGGGUCCAGUCAGACAGUUCUUCCCCCUGGGCCCUGACUUCUCUCUCAGUGACCGACCCCAGCCCGUCAGAGCGGUCCAGUCCAGCGAGCCGCAGGGUCAGCGCUACACGGCCGAGGAGAUCGAGGUGCUCCGGAGCACGUCUAAGAUCAACGGCAUCGCCUUCGUCCCGUUCAUGAGCGUGGACCUGAAGGAGCGCUUCGCCUUCCCCGUUCCUUUCUCAGAUAAAACGGGCAAGCUGGCCCUGUCCCCCAAGCAGAAAGCCAUCUUCUCUCGCUGGGUCCGACCUGACGAGAUCUGCAAUAAUCCAACCAUGAUCCUGUCGGUGUCCAGCUUUAGUAUUAAACAGACGGUGGUGUCGGACUGCUCGUUCGUGGCCUCGCUGGCGAUCAGUGCCGCUUACGAGAGACGCUACAGCAAGAAGCUCAUCACCAGCAUCAUCUUCCCCCAAAACAGGAAAGGAGAACCCGAGUAUAACCCUUGUGGGAAAUACAUGGUGAAGCUUCACAUCAACGGUGUGCCUAGGAAGGUGAUCAUAGACGACUUCCUGCCUGUAGACAGGAACGGCGAGCUGCUGUGCUCCUACUCCAGCAACAGGAACGAGCUGUGGGUGUCCCUCAUAGAGAAGGCCUACAUGAAGGUGAUGGGAGGCUACGACUUCCCUGGCUCCAACUCCAACAUCGAUCUGCAUGCGCUCACCGGCUGGAUCCCAGAGCGCAUCGCCAUGCACUCGGACAAUCAGUCCUUCAGCAAGGACGACAGCUUCCGCAUGCUGUACCAGAGGUUUCACCGUGGCGACGUCCUCGUCACCACGGCCACGGGAGUGAUGACUGAGGAGGAGGGCGAAAAGUGGGGCCUAGUGCCCACGCAUGCCUACGCCGUCCUAGAUAUCCGGGAGCACAAGGGCAUGCGGUUCCUCCAGCUGAAGAACCCCUGGAGUCACCUGAGGUGGAAGGGCCGCUUCAGCGAGCGCGACGAGAAAAACUGGACCCCGGAGCUCCUCAAAUACCUAAACUUUGACCCCAAAACAGCCCAGAAAUUUGAUAACGGUGUGUUCUGGAUAACAUGGCAGGACCUGUGUCAGUACUAUGAUGUCAUCUAUCUGAGCUGGAGCCCCGCCCUCUUCAAAGAAUCUUCCUGCAUCCACAGUAGCUGGGAUGGGAAGCAGGGCCCGGUGAAGGAUGCCUACAGCCUGGCCAACAACCCCCAGUACAGACUGGAGGUGCAGUGUCCAGCAGGGGGCGCUGCUGUCUGGGUGCUGCUCACCAGGCACAUCACAGACAAGGAUGACUUUGCACAAAACAAGGAGUUCAUCACCUUAGUUGUUUACAAGACGGAGGGCAAAAAAGUUUACUAUCCGGCCGAUCCCCCACCCUACAUCGACGGCAUCCGAAUUAACAGCCCCCACUACCUGACCAAGAUGAGACUGACCAGCGCGGGCACACACACCUUCACACUGGUGGUGUCCCAGUACGAGAAGCAGAACACCAUCAACUAUACCCUGAGGGUGUACUCCGGCUGCAAGUUCAGCUUCUCCAAGAUCCCCACUCCCUUCACGCACACCAAGAGGAUUAAUGGACAGUGGAAGGGGGCCAGUGCGGGGGGCUGUGGGAACUACAAGGACUCGUACACUCACAACCCCAUCUACCAGCUAAACCUGGAGCGGCCCGGCCCCCUGCUCAUAGAGCUAAGAGGCUCCAGGCAGUACAGUGUGGGCUUUGAGGUGCAGACGGUCUCCACCGUGGCGGAGGCGGGGCCAGGCGGCCUGCAGAAGAGGAGCAGCGGAGACUACAGGUGUGGCUUCUGCUACAUGGAGGUGGACCAAGUCCCCGCCGGCAUCUACAACGUCACUCCCACCACCUUCCUGCCCAAACAGGAAGGGCCGUUCUUCUUGGACUUCAGUAGCGCCAUGCCGUUGAAGGUCUCCCAGCUGCAAUGAGGAAAGCGAGGCGGGGGGACGCGGGGGCAUUUCGAAGGGACAACAGGGGAAAUGUGUCCUCAUACCCUACCCUAGAACCCCCCCCCCCCCUCUCCCCUACCCUCCCAUGAACCACCAGUCUAACCUUUCAUGGACCCAAAGAUACACUGAGAAUGACUAGCCAGCAGUUGGGCCACGUCUCUUUUCUAAAAAGCUGUUGCCCUCCUUCUGACCUUGAUGCCUCCUCCCUAUUGGUUAGAUUGAGCUGAUCGAAAAAGCUUGUUUGCUGCCUAGCUGUAGGACAUUUCACCUACCAAGUUUUCCUGUCAACUCAUCUGGCAGAGAGGGGUCAUCGAGGGCAGAAGGGGAACUGGAAAGCCUUUGGAAUGGAACGCAGCCCUUCGUAGGCAAGACCAGCGGUCUCCAACCCUGGUCGUCAGGGCCCACUAUCCUGUAUGUUUUAGAAUGUUUACCUGUUUCAACACAUCUGAUUCAAAUGAAUGUAUCGUUAUCAGGCUUCCACAGAGCUUCAUAACGACCCAUUCAUUUGAAUCAGGUGUGUAGGAGCAACCUGAGGAGGUUGAAGGCCACUGGGCAAGACCAUGUACCAAAUAUAACUGUCAGCAGAACACCCACCGGCUGUUAUGAUCGGCCUUCACUUAACAACUUGUUCCAAAUGAGGCUACAUAGAUACGGUAACCAUCUAUUUAUAAUGGUCACCAUUCACAGAACAAAUAAGGGGCUUUAUGGUUUGGAGAACUUUCUCUUGGCAUGAUCUGCUCUGACCAUGGACCUCCAACCGCGUUCCGACCGCAUGCGGACCUCAAACCGCUUCUUCUCAGGAGGCCACGACACGACAGGGACUUCUGUGUUGCAGUGACGUGACGUCGUCCUUGUCACCGCGGGACGACAGAAGAGCCGAGGGGUCUCCGCCUCCUCGGCAGGGCUCAUCUCCGGGACUCCAGUGCAGCUCGACAGACGUACGGGAGCUUUGUCACCGUCAGCCAGCUUAAGCAGAAUGACUCUUCAAACUGUCUUGCCAACGUAUCUUUUGUUCACUUUGCAUUUCUCAAUUAUGCACUUGUCAGUUGUUCAGCCCUUUCUGUCUGCCAAGAUUGUGUCAAAUAGGCUAGACCUACUAAUUAUACUCAGUGCUAAGACGUUUCAUAGAGUGCAAAGAAAAUACACAAAACCAUCUUCAGGAAAGUCAUGGCCAAAGUAAAAUGACAAUACAUUAUUGUUUCACAAGCAGUAAGGAGAGGUGUGUUUAACCUUAACCAAUGCCAGGCACUUCUUUAAAAUGGCUGGGUCCGUAUCGCUUCAUACUUAUUCCACUGAAUUCGAUAUACCACUGCAGCCUAUGUUUAAAAAUGCAAUAGUACAAUCUUAUGGUGGUCUGUGAACUUGCACUAAAUGUGGAAUGAUGCAUUCAAGUACAGCAAUGAAGGACUUGAAAUUGUGUGUGCGUCAUGUUUGUUUCUCACGGUCAGAUCACAUUAAUGAGGUCAUCAACAUGUUGUUGCUCUGAACCCAGAGUUCAAUGUUUUGGUAAAGAGAGCUGUGUGAAAGGCUACUUUAUUGAUGGCCUUCGUCUUGAAUAGCCGUGUUCUUAGUCUGACCUUUCUCCCUGUCUCCGUUUCUGAAAACAGCCAGUCACAGACUUUUAAUAAGAAUCACAGGGUAAGGUGAAAGACGACAAUAACACGGCUGAAAUGUGGAAAGAGGAAAACAGAGCGGAGAUACAAGGUGAUAGAAGUAAAGCGUUUCUUUAAUGUGCUUUCUUGACCCGUUGUGUGUGUGUGUGUUUUGCUGAGUGCAGUGUUUUCGUCUUGCACACAAACCUACCGUUGUCCCUUGAUACCGGGGACAAAUCGUAUGAGUAAUUCACCGUCACCUUGCAGACAUGCCCUUGUUUUUAGGAUGCCAUUUCUCAUUUUAAAAUAAAUGUACAUUUAUAAUAU